GCGGACUUUGAGUGAGACACUCUUCACCCUCCUCCUUGCUGCAGUUGCCCAGCUCAGCCUCACUCACAGCCACCAUGACCUUCAACGGCACUUGGAAAAUCGAUCGCAAUGAGAACUAUGAGAAAUUCAUGGAGAAAAUGGGAAUUAACAUGGUGAAGAGGAAGCUGGCCGCUCACGACAACCUCAAGAUAACCCUUGAACAGACUGGAGACAAGUUUCAUGUCAAGGAGAGCAGCAGUUUCCGCACCCUGGAAAUAGACUUCAACCUGGGAGUCACCUUUGACUACAGUCUUGCAGAUGGAACAGAACUAUCAGGCGCAUGGACCAUGGAGGGAGACACGCUGAAGGGUAUCUUCACCAGAAAGGACAACGGAAAGCAACUGACAACAACCAGAAUCAUCCAGGGAGAUGAACUCAUACAGAGCUACAACUAUGAAGGAGUGGACGCAAAGAGGAUCUUCAAGAGGGGUUAGACCAAACUGAACAACAAAACUUAAGAGUGAGAUGUUUCACCUCAGGGUUACAUACAGUAUUGUGUUGAAUUAUCAACCGCAUGUACCAACAUAACCUGUAAAAAGUGCACUUCUUGUAAUGCCCAUAAAGUGUAUGACACAAA